AUGCUUGCUCCAGCUGGGCUAAGACUGGAGCGGCUGUCGCCCUGGUGGCUUUUUCUGUCAUUUUCCUGCACUCUCAAGAUUGCGUCUCUGGACCAAGGAGCUGCGCCCCCCUGCCCGCCUCUGUGCCACUGCGAGGAAGAUGGCAUCAUGCUGUCAGUGGACUGCUCAGAGCUGGCGCUGUCCUCCGUUCUGGAGGGCUUGAGUCCCUUAACAGCCUACCUUGAUCUGAGCAUGAACAACAUCAGUGAACUUCUGCCUGGUAACUUCCACCAUCUGCGUUUUCUAGAAGAACUGCGCCUAUCUGGAAAUCAACUCACUAAGAUUCCAGGAGAAGCAUUUUCAGGCCUCUACAAUUUAAAGAUUUUGAUGCUGCAGAACAAUCAGCUCAGUCGGAUCCCAGCAGAAGCUCUGUGGGAUCUUCCAAACCUUCAGUCACUACGCCUGGAUGCCAAUUUGAUCUCUGUGGUACCGGAGAGGAGCUUUGAAGGGCUGCCUUCCUUACGCCACCUUUGGCUGGAUGAUAAUGCUUUGACCGAGAUCCCUGUUAAAGCACUCAAUAACUUGCCAUCUCUGCAGGCCAUGACAUUGGCACUCAAUCAAAUCUGGCACAUUCCUGACUAUGCCUUCCAGAAUCUCACCAGCCUUGUGGUACUACACCUGCAUAAUAACCACAUCCGGAGCCUGGGGAUCCAUGGCCUUGAAGGACUCCACAGCUUGGAAACUCUGGACCUGAACUAUAAUGAGUUGGUGGAAUUCCCAGUGGCCAUUAGGACACUCAGCCGACUUCAAGAGCUGGGCUUCCACAACAACAACAUCAAAGCUAUUCCAGAGAAGGCAUUUGCUGGGAAUCCAUUACUCCAGAUUAUGACUUUGACCCGGGCUGGGAUCCGUUUGCUUCCUGGAGGAAUGUGCCAACAGUUACCCAGCCUUCGAAUUCUUGAGCUCUCACACAAUCAAAUUGAGGAGCUACCCAGUUUCCGCUACUGCCAGAGGUUGGAAGAAAUUGUCCUUCAGCACAAUCGCAUCCACGAAAUUGGAGCAGACACCUUUGGGCAACUCACAGCCUUGCGCUCCAUAGACCUGAGCUGGAAUUACAUUCAGUCUAUCCACUCUGAGGCCUUUGUGACUCUCCUCUCUCUCAUCAAGCUGGAUUUGACUGAUAAUCAGUUGGUGACACUGCCAUUGGCUGGUUUGAGUGGACUGACUCAUCUGAAGCUGAAAGGCAACCCUGCACUGUCUGAAUCCUUCACUAAAGAAAGCUUUCCCAAGAUGAGAGUCCUGGAGGUGCCCUAUGCCUACCAGUGCUGUGCAUAUGGAGCAUGUGGCAAUUUCUUCAAAGUGUCCAAUCAAUGGGACUCUGAGGACAUGAAUCCUGAGGAUGAGGAUGGUCACAAGAGGACCUUGGGACUGUUUACAGGACACGCUGAUCAUCACUACGACCUGGACCUGGAUGAUUUCCAGCUGGAACUUGAGGAUUCAAAGCUACACCCCAAUAUCCAAUGUACACCCAGCCCUGGUCCUUUCAAACCCUGUGAGCACCUGUUUGAGAGUUGGGUGAUCCGCCUGGGUGUCUGGCUGAUCAUAUUGGUCUCCAUGCUGUGCAACGGGCUGGUCAUGGUGGUUGUCUUUGCUUCACCUGGCUAUCUGUCUCCAAUCAAGUUUGUCAUUGGCGCCAUUGCUGGAGCCAACAUGCUGACAGGCAUGUACUGUGCCAUUCUGGCCUUUGUGGAUGCAAUCACCUUUGGAAAUUUUGCAAAAUAUGGAGCCAGGUGGGAGACGGGUGCAGGGUGCCAGGUGACUGGAUUUCUCUCAGUGUUUGCUUCAGAGGCUUCAAUUCUUCUCCUAACACUGGCUGCUGUGCAGUGCAGUCUCUCAGUGUCGUGUAUGCGGACAUAUGGGAAGGUACCAUCCUUUGGUACUGUAAAGGCAGGUGCCCUGAGUUGUCUGGCACUCUCUUCAGUGGCAGCAGUGCUGCCUCUCUGCUCUGUUGGGGAGUAUGGGGCAUCCCCCCUCUGCCUGCCCUACCCACUCCCUGAUGGGAAGCCUUCCAUGCUGGGUUUCAUGGUGGGCCUGGUGCUGGUGAACACCCUCUGCUUUCUCAUUAUCACUGGGACAUACAUCCGCCUCCAUUACAACCUGCUGAAAGGUGAGUUUGACUCUGUCUGGGACUGUGCUAUGAUCAAGCAUGUAGCUUGGCUCAUUUUCAUCAACUGCCUUCUCUAUUGUCCUGUGGCCUUCCUUACCUUCUCUUCCAUGCUCAGCCUCUUCCUCAUUACCCCCCAAGUCAUCAAGUCUGUGCUGCUAGUGGUGCUUCCUCUGCCAGCCUGUCUGAACCCCCUGCUCUACCUGCUCUUUAAUCCACACUUCAGAGAUGACCUACGGCUCCUGAGGCAAAAGAGACAGGCCCGGGAGAGCUGUGCCCAGUCUUAUGUGUCUGAGGACACAGAGAAGAGCUCAUAUGACUCUACCCAGGCCCUAGUUGCUUUCUCUGAUAUGGAUCAUAUAUUUGAGGCACCAGACAUCUUUGGAGUGCCUUCUAGGUGCUCAUCAGUACUAGAUGCCUACAGUUUCCCAUCAGUGACUCUCAUCCCAUGCCAGCAAAAGGCAGGUGCCAGAGGACAUGACAGUAGCUUCUCCACUCACCUGUCCUACCUUGCUGAUGAUGAGCUGCUAAUUGCAUCGGAAAGCAGAGACCCAGCAAAGAGCAGCCUUCGGAUUGCCUUGUUUCCCACACCACCUGCGCCAGCCUUCACAUCUCACUUAUAAACAGUCUGCCAGCUUUGCAGACCCAGUAUAAAUUCCCUCAGUGAAAAGCCUAUGCAAGAGCCCAUCUGUAGUCACCAACAGUUUGGGACAAUAGCUGUUCUGGAAAAAGGAUGGCCCAGUUUAUUGCUUCUUCUGGAAACAGGGUUUGAUAGCCUGCAAGGUGCUGCCAACUCCAUGUAUCCUCACUUGCUGGAGCAUUGUCUUCUCCUCUCCUGCCACAGCAGUGUGUAAGGUAGUAUGUCUGUCAGGAGAGGGAAAACUAGGGAAUCACUGAGUUCAAAUCUUCUGAUGCAAGAAAGCAGGCUAUUACCUCAGAAAGCCAAAAGCCCUAGGACAAUGACAGAGUAGGUAUUAUUCUAAUGAUGUCAUGCCAAAUAAGAGAGUCACUGAACUAAUAUAUAGACAUGACAGUGCCUGCCGGGGUAGAUAGCCCAACACCAGCUGAACAUUUAAAAUGCCACAUCACUUUUCCAUGUUCCCUCUCUGUAAUAAGGCAUGCUAUCAGUUCUGUUCUGAAGAGGAGCUGAAGGUCUUUAAUUAUGGUCUUUAAUUUAGGAUGUUUCAAUUUCAUAGAGCCUGGUUUUUCAGAAAUGAUGCACCUAUCCAGGCCACAGAUGUCUAAAAUUUAGUACCAAGAAAUUAAGGCAACCAAAGUGAAGAUGAGAAUCCAAGGGCAGUGGCAAAGCCAGGAUUAGAUGAACUCACAAGGUUGUAUAAUGCCAAGAGGUAACCAUUUUGAUUAGAUUGAUCAAUUCGUUUCUGGUCUCACUGAAGCCGAUAAGUACAAAAUAUUCGGGUCUCUGAGCUAAAAUGUGAUGUUAGGAGGAUGGUGUGAUUCUAUAAUCUUGUGGCCCUCAUAUAAACACUUACAAAGACCAUAUAAUGUAUAGAUAUUCUUCUGCCUUGUAGCACCCACUCACUUUUUAGAGCUGCUGGUGUUACAGGGAAGAACACUAAGUACUGAGAAUGCCAAAAGACUGAAGAGAAGAAAUGCAAGGCUCAGACAUUCUCAUUAAUCACAAGCCAGACAUUCCCAACAUAAACUAUUCUUACCUUCUAAUCCAAGUCCAACACUGGGCAACUGCAGCUAAAGCCAACCAUUACACAUUCCAGAACCCAAUUACAUUGCUCUGAUUCUACAAAUAAUGUAGUUGUCAAUCACAAAAGCUUAACAAUCAUAAUUCAAGUCUAAAAAUAUUAUAUCUUAGCAAAUAUUUUUGACUUCUAGAAUUCAGCCUUCAUCUUCCUAGCCUUUUUUGCAACAUACGGAUAGAAAUCAUGAGAGCAAGCUCAGACCUCAAGCCUUUCCACCUAAAGGCACGGAUACUCUCAGUAAGAACUAUAGUCUUGCUGACAGAUGGGUAACAGUGACACAGGGCCAAUCUUGAGCUGGACCAUAAUUGGAGCCACGGCAUACAAGUAACUUGCUGCUUCAAUCUUGAUGGACUCAUUUCUAGAAAGAACAAGCUGCAGAAAUUAUCCCAACUGUUUAAGACUCUGUUCUCUGCUGAGGAGGCAUAGCUAUCAACACCAAUAAAUAACUUGUCCAGUGGCGUAGGAAGGAAUUCCUGUUGCAGGGAUUUCACUUGCAGGUCACAUUAUAGAACCUACAGUCUAGACUACAAAGGUAGUUCUGCUUUUAGGGAAGUUCUUAACAAAGUUAGGAGAGAAUCAUAGACUGAAACAGAGAGCAGGAUGUGGAAGAACUUUACAAACACACCAGAUAACUUUUCCUUCUAUCUCCUUAAGGAUGAUUUUGUCAAAAUAAUUCUAGUUACUGCAGACUUCUGGUCAGGUAAAACUCUAGUUCUUCAAGUCACCACUUCCUGCCUAGGCUUACUAAAUUACAGUUUAUGAAUGGAAGCUGGCUUAUACACCUUAGGAAGAUUCAUUAUGGGCUAGAGAAAAAUAUGCAACAAGUAUAAUGGGAAGCCCUUUUCCUAUUCAUCUUCUCUAGAAAUGAAGUAUUAACCAUACUUGGGAAGAAUUAUCCUCCUUGUAGGCAUCAGCUUGAGUGAGGCUCAGUCAACUCUUAAAAACAGAAACCCUAUAAGUCAUACCAUCAAUACUGCUGUGUCCUGAAGCAACCACAUUAAGGCUAAGAAAAGUAUUAGAUGAAAUGCCUUUACACACCAUGUUUAUGUUGUCUGUAUAUACACGAUGCCAUAUAUGCAAUAUCCAGCAUGCGUGUGUUUGUAUAUUAUGUGUAUAUUUUAUAGAGAGAGCUAUAUAGCCAUUUUCCAUCUUUUACUGACCCUUGUUUGAACUCUUACCUUUUUUUGUAUAUUGAUUUGUAAAGCACUC